AUGGAGAAAGGAGCCGAACAGCGAGACGCGCCCGCCGCUCCGUUGCGGCAUGUCGACACGGAGUCAGUCGGCGACAAGGAUGUCGCUAUCGCGAUGGUCGGAGAGGAAGGACAUACGGUUGAUCCCGUCGUCGUCCAGCGCGCCGUCCGCAAGAUCGAUUGGUUUUUGAUCCCAGCCAUGACUGUUGGUUAUGGGCUCGUAUAUUACGACAAGGCUAUUCUGGGAUCUGCAGCCCUAUUCGGCAUGACGGCCGACUUGAAGCUCAGCGUCCCGGAUCCGCGGCACCCACCCGCGGUUGACACGUCGCGGCUCAGCUGGGCAACGUCCAUCUUUUAUUUCGGCAUGUUAGGAGGCCUUUACCCCAUGUCAUAUGCUCUACAGCGCUUUGAAACAGGACGUGUCCUCGGAGGCGUUGUUGUGCUCUGGUCUUUGAUCUGCAUGCUCACUGCUGCGGUGACCUCUUAUCAGGGGUUAUAUGCACAACGCUUCUUCCUGGGGUUUAUCGAGAGUGUCAUUCCUACGGGAUUUAUGUGCAUCAUCAGUGGGUAUUAUACGCAGCAAGAACAAUCUCUGCGACAGAGCUGGUGGUUUUCCUCGACCGGGCUCUGGACGAUUAUUGGUGGCGCACUCAACUAUGGAUUUGCCCAGAUAACAGGGGGUGGUCUACGCCGUUGGCAAUACAUCUACCUCCUAGCUGGAUGUCUUACAUUUAUUUUCGGUUUAUUCUGCUUUACCGUCCCGAGCUCUCCCGUCUCGGCAUGGUUCUUGACUAAAGACGAGAGGUUCGCCGCAGUGGAGAGACUACGAUACGGUCAAACUGGCGUUCGCUGCACCAAAUUUAAAUGGUCGCAACUGAGGGAAGCUGUGCUCGACAUCAAGAUAUGGCUAAUAGCUCUUAUGAUGGCCUCGGCUUAUACUGUUAAUGGUGCUGUCUCCGGCUUUGGUCCUCUAAUUGUAUCAACAUUCGGUUGGAGUACUCUGGAGUCCAUCGUCUUCCAAUUUCCACUGGGGGGGUUAUGCUUGAUUGCAAUUCUACUCACAGGCUGGCUUGGAUCGCGUUACCCAAACAUUCGCAUAUUGAUGCUGAUUGUAUGCUGUCUUCCAGUCAUAGCAGGUUGCGCGAUUAUCUGGAAGAGCCAGUGGACGUACCAUGCUGCGGCGCCUGUGGUGGGUUAUACAAUUACAGGUACUUUUGGCGCUGUGGUAAGCUUGAUUAUCACGAUCGGAAUGUCCAACGUCGCCGGGCACACUAAGAAGAGCUUCACCUCGGCGACUAUCUUCGUCGCAUAUUGUGUUGGAAACAUCAUCGGACCACAGUUGAUCAAGAGUCAGACUAAGGCGUCUCAUUACCCUGAGUUAUGGCUUGGGCUCAUCAUAUGCUAUUGCAUCACCAUCUUAGCUUCAGUAGCCCUCUUCGUAGUGCUCAGGCACGAGAACCGAAAAAAAGAAUCCGCAAUGGUUGAAGACGAAGCCGAGAGAGCAAAACUUGCGUUUCAAGAUCUCACGGACAAGGAAAACCCGUAUUUCAGAUAUGUCAUGUAG